AGUCAUCCCUGCGACUCUCUGUCAGGUGGAAUACAAUUACAGAGCGGCAGAUCACCGAGUGAAGUCAUCAUAGCUCGUCACCAUAACCAACCACCCUUUGCUACCUCCUAGCUGCCUCUAGCUGCUAUUCUCCUACUCAUAUUAUUGGUUACAGAGAGAGAGAGAAGCAAAAACUCACAAAUCAAAUCGAAAUGCUCCGCGAUGGAGAAGAAACCCCCUCCAGAUUCGAAUUGUUGAGCAUGGUGAAGAAGCAUUCGAGCUUGUUAGGGAAAACCGUAGUUGACGCGGACGAUGUUUCCGAUGUCGAAAUGGACCACAAAUUUUGGCAUGAUGUAUUGGAUUUGUAUUUCAUUCGUGGCAAGGACUCCAGGGGACGCCAGGACGAUGAUCUCGUGUUCUUUGUCAGAAAAUUGAGCUCUUAUGGGCAUGGUUCCAGUGACGAAAGUGUUUCUCCUUACUUUGUACGCAGGUGGGCACCUAAGUUGGAUAAUUUGAUCGGUGAAAAUAAUGUGGAGGUGGAUUGGAGGCGUUCGUAUUACUUGAACUUGAUUGCUCACACUUCAUUUACUGUCACAGUGGCUAUUUGCAGUCAUCAGGACCUUCGGAAUCAUCAAGCUGAGCAGGGUACACCAUUAUCUCCAAUAUAUAAGGUCGUAAAGACUGUUUAUGCAUCUCCAAGCCGUGUCAAUUUUCAAUUGGACUCAAGAAAGGAAGUGGAGACAACACCUGCUUAUCCAGAUAUUUGUUUCGCAAUCGAUGACUUCGACUCCACUUUUGAUGCUGUGGUCUUGACUGAAACGGACCAUUGCUAUUGUGUAAUUCUCAAUGCACAUGAUGGGGCAGCAUUUCCCAGGGUAAAGGAAGAAGAUGGUUGCAGUUCCAGUGAUAGUUCCUCUUUGAGGGUCGAGACUAAUUCUUCAAAGACAAAAAAUACUAAGCUGACUCUUUUUUCAGGAUUUGUCAGCUAUCAAAUGGUUCGGGAUGCAUAUGAUGCUGGCAAGUCUCGAUUUGGGAACCUUCUUGGUCAUUCCCCUGGCAAACAAGACAGACUUUACAUGAAAGGUCCUGGAGGACGGGGUGAAGUUGAAGUAGCUGUUUCCGGUGUUGCAGAUCAAAGCCAACAAGAUCUAGGUCCUUUUUCACCUGUUAUAUCCAAGCAAGGAUUUGGAAUUGGCUCCAUUGUUCGUAAAGCGGCUUCUGUUGCAUCUGUGGCUGCAAAGAAUGCCUAUGCAGCUGCUGCUUCUAGCCAUAGUUUUGAUGAUGAGAUGGUACCUCUCAAAUGCUGCUUAAUGUCCAUUACAUUACCCUGGGAACACAUUGCAUAUGAUCUUCUCUUUAAGGUGAGGUUGUUGUUCCCAGCUGCUAAUGAAUGAAACAGAUAUACUUUUGGGUAAUUGUAUUUGUGUUAAAAUUGCUCCUGCUCUCGGCCCUUCGUUACCUACAAGUCUCUGAUUGGCGCUUCAGAGUUGCUCUUUCCUCCAUUUUCUUAAAUAAAAUAAGAGCACAAGCAAGGUUGAAAAUCUGUUGUUCGACUUUUGUAUUAUUUUGUGGGUUUACUUGAGGUGUUAUUAACUUAGCUGAUAACCGGAACUUUCCAGAUACUGCAAUAACAGGCAGCAAUAAAUAAAUAAUAAUUUAUAAAAUAAAAAAUAUCACUCUUUCCAUGCUUUGAAGAGCACUAAAUUUAGUCCUCAUUU